AUGCACCCUCCAUUUUCAUCUCAACCUGCACCAGUUUCAUCUCAAGUUGCAAGAAUUAUGCACCCUUCAUUUUCAUCUUUGUCUGCAUUAGUGUUUCCACCUUCAACAUCUUCUCAAACUUCAACAACCUCCAACAGAUCAAAUAGAGGAGUUAUUGAAGAAACUGCAAACGUUGUUGCACCAGCUCCGGUUGAAACUGGCGGUGAUGAGGCAUCAGCAUCAAACGGAGAAACCAACAAGCGGCGAAGAAGAUACCGAGGCGUUCGGCAAAGGCCAUGGGGGAAAUUGGCGAGGGAAAUACGUGAUCCGAACAAAGCAGCUCGAGUUUAA